AUCGAAACGGUCAGAGCUGAUAACAAGUGGCGUUGCGAUCGUCUGUCGAAUCCUCAUCGACACAACAGAACAGACGACAACGAACAAUAAAAAGUGUGCCUCCAGCUCCAAUUCAAAGUAUGAGGCAGCAUUUGGCGCAGGCAUCGGCAUACGGCAUACCACCACUGUGACAAAGCGAAGCAGCUGUUCUUCGUAUUACACAUUUGCAAAUCGCCCCGACUUGCCAUCUCUCGCGCAGUUUUGUUUCGGUCGCGUGUGUGUGAGCACGUCGCCAUCAGAGUGUGCCUCUGCCUCUGUACAUGUAGUUUUUAUACGUUACGUGUGUUUUCCCCAAAUAAAUAGACGCUUUGUCUCCGAGUACCAUUGGGUCGUAUUAUAUUAUAUUCCAGGGUAGUAAAAACUGGAUCGCAGCAAACAUGGAUAUGUUUUACGUUAUCGCAACUUACAUUCACUUGUUGGCCAUGAUAUGGCUUUUCAUGAAAAUUUGGACGACCAAUGACUGCACCGGAGUAAGCGGUAAAACCCAAAUGCUUUUGACGUUGGUCUGGGUGACCAGAUAUUUGGAUGUCUUUCAGAUUUAUAUAUCCAUGGAAAAUUCCUUGCUCAAAGGGAUUUAUUUUUUAUUGACAUUUAUAACGGUUUUAAUGGUGUACACAAACAAAACUUAUCAGCGCAAAUACGACACGUUCAGCACAGAAGUGCUGUUGGUCCUCUGCAUGGCCUUGGCCAUGUGGUUGAAUCAUGAUCCAGCGGUAGUCGAGGUCUGCUGGACAUUCAGCAUCUACCUCGAGGCCGUGGCGAUGCUGCCCCAGUUCUACCUCAUCUACAAAGCCAAGUGCGUGCACCACGACGUGAUGAUCUACAUCAUGGCGAUAUUCGCCUACAGAUGCCUCUAUCUCGCGCACUAUGGCGUCAGGUACCAACAGACCGAGGUAUACGACUCGAUCACCUUGUCGAGCGGCGCACUGUACGUGCUAAUUUUCCUUGGUUUCUUCACGUUCGUUUUGCCGGCGAGCGAGAGCAAGCCACCGUCCGUCGGAACUGAUCCAGUCGCCGCUAAGCCCUCGACCAUUAGUGGUGGCGAGAUGGGACACAUGACUGCCAAUAUCAGCGCCGUCAUACUGACUCCGUCUGCUCUGAUGCAGUCGAGCAAAAAUGACAAGAUAACUCAGCCAAUGUCUGCCAAAGAGAAGGAAGCCACUUCUGUCAUGGUUGUGUAAUGCUCGAGCGCAACGAUCCGACGAUUGAGCGAGAUCCAUUUUUCAUACCGAAGCGGUCGAGUGUCAAAGACUCCAAUUGAUUUUCAGGACGUGUAUCUUUUGCACAUUAAUACGAAAACAAUAAAAAAAUCUUCCUUUCAAAGCGUUUGCAACGAUAACAUUGAAACGAGAUUUACUCGCAUAUAGCCACAACGAGCCAAAAGUAAUUACCGUCUUUCACAUUUCAUUUGAUAAUAGUUAUUAGUUUUUGCUAUAUAAUUGCUGCCGUUGCAGCUGUUUUGUCGAUCUGAAAUGAGCCAUCACCACGGCAAAGACGCCCAUGCGUACAAUCGAUCUGUUUGUAAUUCUACAAUUAAGUAUAUCUUUUACUAAAAAUAAGUACAUUUAUGAAUGUAUGUCGCUGAAACAUUCAAGAUCUAUUUUUGAUCGCUUUUCAUCCCGUUGGAAAUAAUAUAUUGAUUUUUUUUACAAAA